UCAGCCAGCCAGCACUUCGACAAGUCGGAAAAGUUAAAAAAUGGUCAACACCAGAUGAGUAAUCGAAUACCUAUUCCUGCGAUGAUAAGUGGCGUUAUUGUACUAUUUUAAUAAGUGUUGUGUUUUCGUCGUUUUAUUUCGAAUGGUCAAUUUUGUAGCAGCACGCACAGAAAUCGUCAUCAAUCUGUACCGCACUCAAUCCGAAUUUGUUUACGAAAUCAAAACAUUUUUUGUAAUUUAAUCACAGUCGUGAGGAACCAAGUUCCAGCCUAGCCCGAACCAAAAAUGACGCGAAAGCGUACGUCGAAGGAACCGCUCGUUCACAGAGCGGCAGUUUCUCCGUUUGAAGACGAUAGCGAUAAUGUCAGUCGUGAUACUAAUUACUAUCAGACUUCAAACCGUCGUCGAUCAAACGCCAACGAUGAGCUAUCCGUAAAUUUAACUCCGUCUGAGGAGGAGGACGACGACGACGACGAGCCAUUAUUCUGCGUUGGACCUAAUAAUAAGGAAAAGUCCAAGUAUGAGAGUCUCGAUUAUGAUGUGUGCGAAAAUGUCCUAUGGCAGCAGGAGCAUGGUAAAAUCGAGCCGUGGUUCACCGUGCGGAAGGACUUUGCCCGCUGGAUAAUCUCGCUGCAGAUCGGCGUCGUCACGGCGCUGGUAGCUUGUGGCAUCAAUAUCGUUAUAGACGAACUGUCCCGAAUUAAGUAUACGUUUCUGAAGCAAACGGUCGAUCAGAAUAUCAUAAGUGGGGACCUUAGCAUUCCGUACCUCUACUGGGCACUAACCAAUGUGGUGCCGGUUGUAAUUGGAGCGACGUUGGUAGCGUACGUUGAACCGGUAGCGGGUGGAAGUGGCAUACCGCAGGUGAAAUGCUAUUUAAAUGGAGUUAAAAUUCCUCGAAUUGUAAGGAUUAAAACAUUGGCUGUGAAAGCGGUGGGAGUAGCCACGUCCGUUGUUGGAGGUCUAGCCGGUGGUAAGGAAGGACCCAUGAUUCACAGUGGCGCAGUGAUAGCUGCCGGCUUAUCGCAAGGAAAAAGUACAACUUUCCGCCGGGAUUUUCGUAUCUUUCGAUACUUUCGUGACGAUCACGAGAAACGGGACUUCGUGGUCGGUGGGGCGGCUGCUGGCGUUGCGGCAGCUUUCGGUGCCCCAAUAGGAGGAAUUCUGUUUUCGUUGGAGGAAGCGGCCAGCUUUUGGAAUCAGGCGCUAAUUUGGCGAACCUUCUUUGCCUCCAUCAUUAGUUCGUUCACCCUCAAUCUGGUCCUGUCGGCGUACAAUGGUCUGAGCAGCUUCCGCUAUCGAGGUUUGUUCAAUUUGGGAGAGUUCGAGCCGCUUUCGUUCGAGUACUUUGAAUUGCCGAUAUUUAUGCUGAUGGGGGUCUUCGGUGGACUUUCCGGAGCUUUCUGGAACUGUACUAACACGCGAAUUAACAUUUUUCGAGCACGUUUUAUACAGUACCGAUGGGCAAAGGUGCUGGAGGCAGCCUUUGUUGCAACUGCCGUAGCAACGUGCGGUUGUGCAAUGGCUUAUUCGAUCAAUGACUGCAGACCGUUGGGUAAUGAUCCGACGGAGACACCGGUCCAGUUGUACUGUGAGGAUAAUGAGUAUAACGCAGCUGCUGCGCUGUGGUUUCAAACGCCGGAGGCGACCGUAAAAGCACUGUUCCACGACCCACCCGGAUCGCACAAUAUUCUAACGUUGGCUGUAUUCGUCCCGAUUUACUAUGCAUUGUCCUGCGUAACGUACGGUUUGAGUGUUUCGCUGGGUAUUUUUAUACCUACGUUAUUGGUUGGUGCCGCUUGGGGUCGACUGGCGGCUACCUUUGUCGUGCUGGCGUUCCCCUCAUCGAGUGUCUUUAUGAGCCCCGGCAAAUACGCACUGAUCGGCGCAGCCGCUCAGCUGGGAGGAACGGUACGAAUGACGCUCAGUUUGACAGUCAUAAUCCUGGAAACUACCGGCAAUAUUAGCUUCGUAUUACCCAUUAUCGUUACGUUGAUGUCGGCCAAAUGGUGCGGUGAUUAUUUCAAUGAGGGUAUCUACGAUACCCAGAUUAAAACAUCCAAAGUUCCUAUGCUGCCGUGGCAUGUGGAGCCUGCGCUGGAGCAAAGCUUUGCUCACAACAUUAUGAACAAACCGGUGGUUUGCGUACGAAGAAAGGAGAAGAUCAAGUACAUUAUUGAUAUUUUGCAAAAUACCACCUACAACGGAUUCCCUGUCGUAGAAGAUGAUAAUAAGCACACCCGUGAAAAUGGCAAGUUGAUCGGUAUUAUAUUGCGAUCUCAGCUGGUGGUAAUAUUAAAUCGAAGCUUUUUCGAGGAAACCAAACGCCAUUGGCAGAAUUCAAUCACAAUUGAAGACUUUCGCAAGGAAUAUCCGCGCUAUCCUAGUAUUAAGGAUAUUCACAUAAGCGACGAUAAAACUAUCGCAAAUUGCACUGUCGACAUGACAAUUUUUAUGAACCCAUCUCCGCACAGUGUCAAUCCGGAGACGUCGGUACCGCGCCUGUUCCAGCGAUUCCGCGCCCUAGGCCUGCGCCACCUAGUGGUGGUAACGCUGGAGAACCGCGUUCGCGGUAUCAUCACACGAAAGGACUUUCUAAGAGAUCUUUGAUCAAAUCAAAAUGGAUCGCGGUCAUUUUAUUUGCUCUUUUAUUUGUGCCGUUUUAAGGUAAGCUACUUAGGAGAGAACCCAAGCAGCAUGCGAUGAAUUUUUACAUAUUGAAAAUAAGUAUUGUUUAGUAUUAAAG